AUGGCCAACCCUAUGAACAACUUCGACCUCGAAUACUCUGCCGCUACCCGCGAUGACGACUCCCCGGACGCGCAGGAGGGUGUGCCGUCACACCUGCGGUCGUCCCUCUCCGACCCCUCCCUGAUGGGCUACCCGAACAGCCAUGUCGCCAGCUACCCCUUCGCCGAUAUGUUGCCUCAAGACUUCGACUCGACCCUCCAGUCCUUCGAUCAGAACCCGAGAGCUCAAGGUGAACUGGAAGGCCGCCUUUCCAAUGUGAUGCUGGCCUACGACGCGCCCACAACGGGCGUGUCCAUGACCAUGGGCCUCGACUCCAGCGGCGCGUUCGCCUUCGAUAUCCCGACUACCUAUCCGGCGACCACCAUGAGUCUGGUUCCAUCGAUGGACGACUCGCAGCUUCAAUCAGCCUUCUCAUUUCAUCAGUCCAUGUCUCAGGCAGGCCAGUACAUGCCACAGCAACAAGCGCCCCCGCUCCAGCAAGCACGGAGAGACCCUUAUAACGGCCACGCCACCAACACAACGACAACUUCUACGGAGACUUUCGAGGACUCGGACUUUUCACGAGCUAGCGAUCGCUCGCAGCAGUUGAAUUUGCGGCCCGUUCAAGAGUCCCAGCAGUUCUCAUCGUACGGACAGACGCAGCCGACUGGCCUGGCCCCCUAUCGAGGAACACAGCCGGUAGCAAUCCAACCGAAGAAGGCCAUUGCCGCAGUCAAAGAUGACUUAUCGCCAGGCCUGUCGACGCCCGAUGCAGCGAGUACAGAGCAUACGGGCAUCUACUCGAGCAGUGGAUUUGACAUUCUAGGUGUUCUCAGCCGAGUGGCGAUGAGACCUAAUCCUAAGAUCAAUAUCGGCGCAGUGGACUUAUCUUGUGCCUUUGUGCUGUGUGAUAUCACGCGGGAGGAUCAUCCCAUUGUUUAUGUCUCUGAUGCAUUCGAACGGUUGACUGGCUAUACUAAAGCCGAGAUUGUCGGCCGUAAUUGUCGUUUCCUACAAGGCCCUGAUGGUCAGAUCAUUCCCGGUGCAAAGCGUGCCUUUGUUGACGGACAGACUGUACAUCGCCUGCGAUCCACGAUCCACGAUCGAAGCGAGAUCCAGGCCAGUAUCAUCAACUACCGCAAGGGUGGCCAGCCGUUUAUGAAUCUCAUUACAAUGAUUCCAAUUCAAUGGAAUUCGGAAGAUUAUCGAUUCUAUGUUGGCUUCCAGGUUGAUCUCGUUGAGAAGCCUGAUGCCGUCCAGGCAAGGAAUCCAGACGGUACAUAUAGCAUUAACUACCAGCGUGACCAAUUACCGCAAUACGUGGUCCCGCCUGCUGAGGCGUACAGGUUACGACCGGACCUGGCUACACAGUUUGGUCACGACGAGGUUACUGCUAUUCUCAACGCUGUAGGUGUUCCAGGCUCCGGUGUAUCACGACACUACUUAGAUCGUAUCUUGGUUGAAAACACCGACGAUGUGAUCCAUGUGAUGUCGUUCAAUUGUGAAUUCCUCUAUAUAUCACCCUCGUGCAAGCGUAUCUUGGAGUACGACCCGGUCGAGCUGGUGGGCAAGACGCUAUCAACUAUCUGCCAUCCAAGCGAUAUCGGACCGGUGAUUCGUGACUUGCGAGCCAGCACCACACCAGCACCUGUCAGCGUCGUGUAUCGUAUUCGACAGAAGUACAAGGGUUACAUGUGGUUCGAGAGCCACGGCGCCUGGCACAUCGAUCCGUCCCAGGGACGAAAGUAUAUGGUCAUGACUGGCCGCCCCCGAGCCGUCUAUUCACUAGAACAGGUCGCCCAGCUUGGGUCCAAGGCUGCGCUGGCCGAGAAUGAUAUCUGGGCUAAGGUCUCCCUGUCUGGUGUGAUCCUGUUCGUCACAUCAAAGGUGAAGCCUGUACUAGGCCGCUCCCCCGACGACCUGAUCGGCAAAAGCAUGCACGAGCUCAUGGAUCCUGAUAAUGACCCCAACGCUAUCACCGAUGCCCUCGACGCAGCAGCCAACGGUCAAGGCCACGACGACGGCAGUAGUAAAUCCGGCGAACCACCCUCAUUCCGCCACCAGAUGCGCCAUAAGAAGGGUCACUACCUCUCCGCCCACACAACCCUCUACUGCGGCGACUCCCACAACGCCCGUCCUUCAUUCCUCGUCGCCCAAAUCCGCCUCGCCCGCGCAUUCCCGCCUUCAUCAGCCGCUGCCUCCGCCGCCGAAGACGAAGAACUCGCAAACGUCCCCGGCUCAUCCAAGACAACAACUCUCACAACCUCAGACCCCAAUCCACCCAGCCAAUACGGCGCUCUCGGUCAGCGCAUGCCCUUCCUCUCCACUCUCAUCGGCCUCAACGGUCUACCAACCGGCAACCGCAGUAUCUCCCCCUCAGACGCCCCGGCUACCUUCUUCACAGAGCUCAACCCCACCCGCGGCUCCAGCUGGCAGAUUGAACUGCGCGAGCUGGAGAAGCAAAACCGCGUAUUGGCGGAUGAAUUGCAGCGUCUCCUUGCACGCCGGAAGAAGCGCAAGCGCAAACAGAGCACUAUUUCGGUUGAGAAGGCUUGUGCUAUGUGUAGCACGAAGAAUACACCUGAGUGGCGCCGCGGUCCGAGUGGUAAUCGCGACCUAUGUAAUAGUUGUGGUCUCCGUUGGGCGAAGCAGGUUCGGAAUAAGGCGCAGGCUGCGGCUUCUGGGAAUGGAGCUGUGCCUACUACUUCUGCUGCUGCUGCUGCUGCUACUGCGACAACGCAGGGGUGA